AUGAAGUUCUCCAAGUCCGCCGCGGCUUUGCUGUCGCUGGCCGCCUCCGGCGCCGCCGCCACGAACACGACAUGCAGGCCCAAGAUCGAUUCCGAGAAGCUCCAAGCUGACCUCACAACCGACAACCUAAUGGCCAACCUCGAGGCCCUCAACAAGAUCGCCUUCGCCAACGGUGGCAACAGAGCUUUCGGCCUGCCCGGUUACGCGGCCUCGGUCGAUUACGUCUGGGACCGUGUCUCCAAGAUCCCGGCCACCAAGGCGUGGAAGCAAGACUUCCCCGCCACCUUCGGCCAGGUCACCUCGAUCGACUUCAAGGUGGAGGGCGAGUCCGUCUACGUCUUCGGCCUGACCUACUCCCCCUCCACCAGCGAGGAGGGCAUCACGGCCGAGAUCGUCCUCGGCCCCGACGGGGCCGCCGGCUGCGACGCCGCCAACUACGCGGGCCUCGACGUCAAGGACAAGAUCGUGCUCGUCCAGCGCUUCCGGUGCCCGACGGGAGGCACCCUCGCCGGCAGGGUCCGGCCCGCCGCCGCCGCCGGUGCCGCCGCCGUCAUCGUUUACCACGACAUCACGACGAACGCCACGGCCGGCUCGCUCAGCGCGCCCGACCCGAACGGCUUCGUGCCUGCCGGCUUCAUCAACCUUGCCGACGGCUUGAAGAUCAAGGAGCGCCUCGAUGCGGGCGAGACCGUCCAGGGUCACUUCCAACAGACGCAGAUCGUCGAGGAGCGCAUCACGCAGAACGUCUUUGUCGAGACCGAGGAGGGCGAUCCCCACAACGUCAUCAUGCUCGGAGCCCACUUGGACAGUGUGCAAGCCGGACCUGGCAUCAACGACGACGGAUCCGGUACCAGCCUGCUUCUCGAGCUCUUCCUCGCCUCGACAAAGUACCGCACCAAGAACAAGGUCCGCUUCGCCUGGUGGGGUGCCGAGGAGAACGGCCUGCUGGGCUCCCGGUACUACUGUUCGAACCUGCCCGCACCCGACGUCGACGACCUGCUCGUCUAUCUCAACUUCGACAUGGUGGCCAAGGGCUACAUCGGAGUCGCCGACACGGACGGGAGCACACACGGCAGCGCCGGGCCCGCGGGGUCCGACGUCGUCGAGCACAUCUACGAAGACUACUUCAAGAGCCAGGGCAUCGAGGUCACCCCGGCCGUCGUCACCAACGGCAGCGACUACGCUUCCUUCUGGCAGAUCCUCAACAAACCUUUCGGGUUCUUGCACACCGGCACCGGGGUUGCCCAGGACCCGUGCUACCACCAGGCUUGCGACACCAUCGACAACCCCGACCCCACCACCAUCACCAUCAACGCGAAGGUAGCCUUUUCCCGUCGCGCCGCGGCUGCUCACAUCCUGACUGUCCUGUCGUUGAACGGAACGGCGCUGAUCCCCAAGACAUCCGUCAACGCCACCAUGUUGAGUCACCUGCAGUCGAGAAGCCUUGGGCUGGACAUUAUCCAGAUUGAGGAGCUCGAGGCUCUUGGAGAAAGGCAUCUCGGAUGCGGCCACGAUAUUUAG